GUCCAAAGACAGUAAGACACGCUCCUCAAUUUUGAACCUUGAGUUAUCGCCGGAGAAUCGCAAAUCUAAACGGGAUAUUCAAAGUUGAUGGAAUCCAUGGCUCCAGAUACGGAACUUGACAUCGAUGAAGGAGAUCUGGAGAAUUUGGAGUCAGAAGUGAAGCAGAUGGCCAAGAAGAUCUCCGAGUACAGACAAACCCUACCGGACCUUCUCCGGAACACCCUCGAUUCUGCGCUUUCGUCUCUCGUACCCGUAAUUCCCAACGUCGAUGCAGAAACACAAGCAUCUGUGGUGGUGGGAACUGAAGUAGAGCAAGACUGUAGAGAGAAAAUGAUUCGGCUUAAGGAAAUAAUGUCAAGGAACGCUGCAAAUAUACCCAAAGUUGUAAAGAGAAUGCGAGAUUGUAUAGAGCGUAUGGACAAACUCGAUUCAUUGGACGUUACCACCAUUCACCCGGCUUUCUUUCAGAAGGCGAAGAAUUAACUGACUGGUAGAUCUAUUUCUCCUUGAUGUUUAGGCUCUCCCUUAGUAUUUCUUACGAAAGAUAUCCUGCUGAUAUGGGUUAAUAAUUCUAGAUUGAUUUGACACGUAAAUUGGUUAUAUGUAAUUCUAGAUUGAUUUGACACGUACAUGGGUUCGGUUAAAACAACAUGAUCUUUGAUUAUGCAAGUACUAUGGAGGAGAGAUUAAUUAAGACUUGUUACUGGAAAAAAAAAAAA